UAUAUAAACAUGACAUAACUUUGGGAAAUUUGUUGUUUUGGUGCAAUUUGAAAGUGGUGCAAAAGGGCUCGAUCCGGCUUUGUAGGUUAGAUAAAUGAAUAGAAAAUGGUUGCUAUCCGUCGAUGCAGUUCCUAGAAUGUUAUCACCACGGCACCCCCUCAACAGCUGGCUCGGGCGGGCGAUAUUGCUACGACACUUUGCACCACAGCAGCGAUGGAUCAGCUGUUCCGCCGCGCUGCUUCGCAGUCACUACGACUCGCUUGGCGUGACCCCGAGCGCGACACAGAACGACAUCAAGCAGGCGUACUACAAACUGUCCAAGCUGUACCAUCCGGACAAAAACAAGGGCAGCGAAGUGGCGGCGGAGAAGUUCCGCGACAUCACGGCAGCGUACGAAGUGUUGGGCAACUACCGGUUGCGGAAGCUGUACGACAAGGGCAUCCUGCACACCGCCGGGCGCCAGUUUGCGAGCGAAGCGCCGACCGCGGCGGCAGACCACACCGAGGACGAUGCUCAGACGCGGUUCUACAAGAAGCGUAUGACCCGUACGCAUGCACCGACGGCGACGGGACGGACGCCGAUUUACGAUUUCGAUGAAUGGUCCCGGAACCAUUACGGAAGCCGAUUCGACCAGAAGAUGAAGGCGGAGGAGCGGUUCAAAAAGAAGGCCGAGCGGGAAGAGAUCUUCAAGACGCGAUUGCAGCACGAGUACAUCAUCUUUCCGCUUCUGUUCGUCUGCGUAAUGUACUGUGUGAUAGUGUUCCAGGAGGGCACUUACGAUGCUCCGAAACCGGUAACGAAGAGUGAGCCUUAAGAAGGUCUCGCGCGGGUAACGAUUCGUGUGAAAGCGCAGGCGUAUUAUUUAUCUGUAAAUAUUUUAGGGCAAUAACAACACUCCGCUGGCUCUUGUGCCUCUUGUGGCCCAAAGUCAACACUUUAAAACGGAAA